AUGAGUUUCUCUGGAAUGCUGAACAAGCUGCACGGACAGCCAGAGUCCUACGAUCGGAAGUCAAGAUACCGAUUCGGAAGGACCCUAGGUGCGGGGACCUAUGGAAUCGUGCGCGAAGCAGAUUGCCCUGAGGGCAAGGUAGCAGUCAAGAUCAUCCUGAAGAAGAACGUGCGAGGAAAUGAGCAGAUGGUGUACGAUGAGCUGGAAAUGCUGCAGAGGAUGAAGCACCCGCACAUUGUCAAGUUCCACGAUUGGUUCGAGUCCAGGGACAAAUACUACAUUGUCACUCAGCUGGCGACAGGCGGCGAGCUUUUCGAUCGAAUCUGCGAAAAGGGAAAAUUCACAGAGAAGGACGCAGCAGAGACCAUUCGGCAGGUGCUCGAUGCCGUCAAUUACCUCCACCACAACAAUGUCGUUCACAGAGACCUCAAACCUGAAAACCUCCUCUACCUCACUCCAGACCCUAAUUCCUCACUCGUGCUGGCCGACUUUGGUAUUGCCAAAAUGCUCGAUUCCAAGAACGAGGUCCUGACGACCAUGGCUGGCUCCUUUGGGUACGCGGCACCUGAGGUGAUGAUGAAGAAGGGGCACGGAAAGCCAGUGGAUAUGUGGUCCCUGGGCGUCAUCACCUACACAUUGCUGUGCGGCUACUCGCCAUUCCGAUCUGAGAAUCUGGCAGAUCUGAUUGAGGAGUGCAAGAAUGGCCGGGUAAUAUUCCACGAACGAUACUGGAAGGAUGUGAGCAAAGAUGCAAAGGAGUUUAUCACACAGUUGCUGCAACCCGACCCCAGUAAGAGACCGACUAGCGAGGCUGCACUGCAACACGUCUGGUUGACUGGCAAGACUGCCUCUGACCACAAUCUGCUGCCAGAGAUCCGCGCAUACGUUGCGAAAGCACGGCUCAGGCGUGGUAUCGAGCUUGUCAAGCUUGCAAAUCGCAUCGAGGCUUUGAAAAUGCAGGAAGAGGAAGAGGGCGAAACACCUGAAGAGUCAGACGUUCCUGACAAUGUCCAUAAGGCUGCAGGGGAAGCUAUAGAUGCUCACCAACCGGCACAAACUGGCGCCACGUCAGAAAACCCUGCACCAGGAGGUAAACGGAGCCUCAGCAGACUCGCAAAGGGCGCCAUCUUCAGGGAGGUCGUGCUGGCGAAAGUACGGGAGAUGAAGGAAGCUGAGAAGCAGAAAGAGUUUGAGAAGACGGCGGCCGAGAGCUCGAAAGCGUCUUGA